AAUUAAUAAUAUAAUAUUAUGAGAUGUUUUUCACAAUUGCAUUUUCGUACCCACUACCAAUCAUAUAUCCAAUUUAUCCCCUCUGUACUUUUUGCUCCGCUCUAUAAUCCCCUUUCUUUGCCCCUCCUUCAUUAGAUUUUCCCAAGAUUCUCUCUUUCUCUCACUAUUUUUAACUUUUUUUUUUUUACUUUCUUUAUUGAUCAUCUAAAGCAUCAAUUCAGCCAUGACUCUUGGUUCAGGAGGAUCUAGUGUUGUUGUCCCUCGCAAUUUCAGAUUACUGGAGGAACUUGAACGUGGGGAGAAAGGUAUCGGAGAUGGGACAGUGAGCUAUGGUAUGGAUGAUGGAGAUGACAUUUAUAUGCGUUCUUGGACUGGCACCAUUAUCGGUCCUCACAAUUCUGUGCACGAAGGUCGCAUUUAUCAGUUGAAGCUAUUCUGUGACAAGGAUUACCCGGAGAAGCCACCAAGUGUCCGUUUCCACUCUCGAGUUAACAUGACGUGCGUCAACCAUGAAACAGGAGUGGUGGAACCGAAGAAGUUUGGUUUACUUGCAAAUUGGCAGCGAGAGUACACUAUGGAAGACAUUCUGACUCAACUGAAAAAGGAAAUGGCUUCUCCACACAACCGUAAGCUAGUUCAGCCACCCGAAGGCACCUAUUUCUAGCAUUAACGGGCUAUACGUAUAGAGUCUUUGUCUUGUCAACUAUGUGCGAAAUUGUACUGCUGUGUUGUCGAACUGGGAAUUAAAAUGUAAAGGGGUUGAAUGCCUGAAGAGGCUUCUCCUCUUUCGUCACCGGUGACAUCUUGAUCAUCCCCUCUUCUGCUUUCCGUUUUCUAAACUUUCGCGUCUGUGCUUGCUGUUUGAUUAAUGGAUUUGGUUUUGUUCCAUCUUAA